AUUAUUAGCGCAAAAAACCCACAACAGUCCACCGAUCUGAAACUUGAGUGAAAAACCCAAAUCUCCCACCACUGGCUCCUACGGCAAUGACGGCCGGAAAGCUGUCCCAACAAUUACAGCAACAGCAACAAGUACAGCAAUCCAUGUGUUCUUUGAAAGGAUCCCUCCGCACUCUGGCAAUCCUAACGCUCGUCUCUUUCACAUACCUUUCUUUCAAUUCUCUCCAUUCCUCUUAUUUUUCUUCUUCUUCUUCCAUCUCUGCAUCUUCCGUUUCUUUAGCGCCGGCGACCAAGAAGACGACUAUACUGGUUAAAGAUUACGACGACGACGAGAUAUCGGAUCUGUAUCAUUCGCCACGUGUAUUCAAAUUGAAUUAUGAGGAAAUGGAGAGGAAUUUCAAGAUUUUUAUAUAUCCAGAUGGAGAUCCAAAUACAUUUUAUCAAACACCAAGGAAAUUGACUGGCAAAUACGCGAGCGAAGGGUACUUUUUCCAGAAUAUAAGAGAGAGCAGGUUUCAAACACAGGAUCCUGAUCAAGCCCACCUAUUUUUUAUUCCCAUCUCCUGCCACAAGAUGCGCGGCAAGGGAAUAUCUUAUGAGAAUAUGACCAUUAUCGUUGAUAAUUAUGUGGAAAGCUUGAAAUCCAAGUAUCCCUAUUGGAAUAGAACAUUGGGUGCUGAUCACUUCUUCGUCACUUGUCAUGAUGUUGGUGUAAGAGCCACUGAAGGAGUUCCGUUUCUCAUAAAGAAUGCAAUCAGAGUGGUGUGCUCCCCUAGCUAUGAUGUCGGGUUCAUUCCACACAAAGAUAUUGCUCUCCCUCAGGUCCUCCAGCCAUUUGCCCUUCCUGCUGGAGGAAAUGAUGUAGAGAAGAGGACAACUCUUGGUUUUUGGGCUGGCCAUCGAAACUCUAGAAUUAGAGUUAUACUAGCACGUGUGUGGGAGAAUGAUACAGAACUAGAUAUUUCAAACAACAGAAUAAAUAGGGCUACUGGACAUCUUGUCUAUCAAAAGAGGUUUUAUGGAUCUAAAUACUGUAUAUGCCCUGGUGGAUCUCAGGUUAACAGUGCACGCAUAGCUGACUCAAUCCAUUAUGGAUGUAUUCCUGUAAUAUUGUCCAACUAUUAUGACCUGCCAUUCAAUGACAUUCUUGAUUGGCACAAAUUUUCCGUCAUACUUAAGGAGCAGGAUGUGUACCGACUCAAGCAAAUUCUGAAGGACAUACCCGACAAUAAGCUGGUUUCACUGCAUAAGAAUUUAGUGAAGGUACAGAAGCAUUUCCAGUGGAAUUCGCCCCCUGUCAAAUAUGAUGCAUUCCAUAUGGUCAUGUAUGAUCUCUGGCUGCGCCACCAUGUGAUCAAAUACUAGCUGUUCAAGGGGCGUGAUUCCAAUUGUCAUCAGUAGUAUAUGCUCAAAACCUUUCAUGCUUACAACCCAAAGCCUGUACAUUGUCACAUACAAAACGUCCUCCAUGCCCCUUCGAGCUAGGGAAUUACUUUUAAGGUUCCAAAUUCUUUUUCUUCUUUCUGUCCAGCACUGGAUCUAUUGUAUAUGUUUCUGAUUCAUGAUUUCCGCUAGUUUUUUUUAUUUCAAUUAAAAAAAAUUAGAUAUUUACAAAAUUAAA